AUGACUUAUUCUCAUAAUGAACAAUCAGGUGACGUUGAAGAGGAAUCUAAUGUAAUUAUUGAGGAAUUAACGUUUGAUCCACACGUUACCGCAUUACUUCUACCAUAUCGAAAAUACUUGAAGGAAUGCAAAACCAUCAUAUUGAACAAGAAUCACAAAGAGCCCGGCAUUUGUCUUUCAUGCUAA